AUGGAGACACAGUCCAAAGAUGAUUCACCUACAAGCGAAAACGAAACAAAAGAUGACAACACACAAAAAAGAAAAAGGUCAAAGAAGCAUAAAAAACAAAAGCACGACGACCAUGAAGUUGAAACACCUAGAAAGAGAAGAAAAUUAAGGAAUAAAGAUCGGAGUGGCGAAUACAGUGAUACAUCUUUAUCAGAUAUAGAAGAUUUGCUCAGAAAAUCGCGACAGUGUAGACAAUCUAAAAAGCAUCCAAAUCCAAUUGAAGUGAAUACAAUAAUAAUAGAGAACAGUUGUAAUAAACCACAAUCAAUUAGUAGUGAAGUUAAGUCAGAUAAAAAGGUUGAGACAUCUAAUUCUGAUUCAGAAAAUUAUCAAGAUGAUUGUACUAGCCCAGAUUUAAUAGGUUCAGAGGAUGAUCUCAAUUUAGAGGAAUUAAUGAUGCAAAAAGAAUUGCUUCAAGCCAGUCUUGUUGCCAUAUCAUCAGAUACUAGUGAUGAUGAUGUUGUAGCUUCAGAAAACAUUACAGAGAUUAAUAUUUCAACUAAAAAAUCAAGGGAAAAGCCGUCUAAAAAGGAAUGUGUAAGCGGAACCGAUAAAAAUAAGAAAGUAUCGCUUGUUACCGAUAGAUAUAAGUCUCGCGAUGAUAAAUCUAAAGAAGAACGAGAUUGCCGUGAGCGGAAAGAGAGACAAAGACGUAAAAUGGAAGCCGAAAGAGAUCGUCGCGAAAAGGAGCGGGAUCGUGAAAGGGAACGAGAACGGGAGAGAGAAAGAGAACGUGAGAAAGAACGAGAACGAGAAAAGGAAAGAGAGAGAGCACGAGGAAAAGAGCGAGACAUAAGACUCAGGAGAGAAAGGGGCAGAGAAAGGGAGCGAAUAGAAAUAAAAUCUUCAGAACGGAGGAGGGCUAGAGCUAAAGAUCAUUCUCCAUAUCGUGAUAGACGUUACUUUCGUUCGAGAAGUAGUCGCGACACGCAUGCGACAGACUCACGUCAUAGAAAUAUUAGAGAUAAACGCAGAGAUUCUACUAAUGAUAUCCACCACUUGCCUAGUUCUAGUGACGAACUUGAUAUAUCUAUUAAUACAGAUGAUGAAGAAGAAACAGAAGAACAAAUAAUAGAAAAACGAAGGAAGCAACGCGAGCUACUACUAAAGCGUCUAGGAGGAAAUAACAACAACGACGGAAGGAAUUCAAAAAGAAAAGAUGCAGAUAAUGAGGAAAACACGAAAAAGUCACACGAAAACACGAAAAAUCCAAAAGUCAAUGCGACAAAUAUUAUUAUUAACGCGAAAAAAAUCACAUCCGCGACACUCAUCUCGCAAGGAGAUGCAACUAUCGCAGCUGGCAACAAAAAGGAAGAUAAGGACCCUGAAUCUAUAAAAUUAGAGAAAUCUGUUAAAAAAGGCGAAUGGGACAUGUUUGCCGAUCAAGACAACUUUGAUAAUGUUGACACCCCCACCACAAGUAAAAUGAAAAACAAAAUGGCACCAGAGAAUCCAUCUCUAACGGACAACUGGGACGAUGCGGAAGGAUACUAUAGAGUUCGCAUAGGAGAGAUACUGGACAACAGAUAUUCCGUUUAUGGAUAUACGGGCCAGGGUGUAUUUUCCAACGUGGUCCGCGCGAGGGAUCAGGCGCGAGGCAACUCUGAGGUGGCUGUCAAAAUUAUACGUAACAACGAAAUAAUGCACAAAACAGGACUCAAGGAAUUAGAUAUACUCAAGAAGUUAAAUGAUGCAGAUCCAGAUGACAAGUUACAUUGUCUCAGAUUGUUUCGUCAUUUCUUUCACAAACAACACCUUUGUAUGGUCAUGGAACCCCUGUCGAUGAACUUGAGAGAAGUCCUCAAGAAAUAUGGAAAAAAUAGCGGAAUUCAUAUUAUAGCUGUAAGAAGUUACAUGCAACAAAUGCUAUUGGCUUUAAAACUGUUAAAGAAGACUGGAAUCAUACACGCUGAUAUUAAGCCAGACAAUAUAUUGGUCAAUGACAGUAAACUGUUAUUGAAACUGUGUGACUUUGGGUCUGCCUCAAGCGUUUCAGACAACGAAAUAACUCCUUAUCUGGUGUCAAGAUUCUAUAGAUCGCCCGAGAUUAUUUUGGGCGUGCCCUACGAUCAUGGCAUAGACAUGUGGUCGACCGCUUGUACCAUUUACGAGAUGUCCACGGGCAAAAUAAUGUUCAGUGGUAAAUCAAAUAAUGAAAUGUUAAAAUACUUUAUGGAUCUCAAAGGGAAGAUACCGAACAAAAUAAUAAAGAAAGGGCAAUUUAAGGAAUCUCACUUUGAUUCAAACUGUAAUUUUUUAUAUCAUGAACUGGAUAAAAUCACUGAAAGGGAAAAGAUCGUCGUUAUGUCAAGUAUAAAACCAACGAGAGACCUGCUGUCAGAAUUGGCACCGUCACUAAAUAGACUACCAACCACGGAGGCCAAAAAGAUGAAUCAGCUCAAAGACCUGCUGGAAAGAAUGUUAAUGAUAGAUCCUACAAAGCGUGCUUCGGUGAACCAUUGUCUUACACAUCCUUUUAUUCAGGAGAAAAUAUCCUAG